AUGAACUCCACUGCCUUUGCCAACCGAACGGAGAGCUCUGAUCCCUUCUGGCAGAGAUCACACCUGUUCACCGGAGAAAACUUCUUGUUUGAGAACUCCCGAACCCUUCUCUGCGCGAUCUCCGCCUAUUCCCUCUGGCCGAGCUGCUCGGAAGACCGAACUCCUGCUCCGAAAUCCUCUGCUGGCAGCCCUGUCGCAAAUUUUCAGCCCUCGCUCGAUGACUGUUCCUCCUUCUCGCCUCCGUCUCGAUCAAAGCUUCCACUGCUCACCGAAUCUGUCGCGAUUCAGCUGCCUGUGAUGCGAUCCGGCUUCUCUAUGAACAUGCAAAGGUUUGUAUCAAAGAUAGUACAAAUGAUGAAGGAUGAGAAUUUAUAUGCUUCUCAAGGAGGACCAAUUAUACUCUCACAGAUUGAGAAUGAAUACCAAACGAUAGAGCAAGCUUUUCAUGAGAAAGGCCCAGCUUAUGUGAAGUGGGCUGCAAAUAUGGCUGUCAGCCUUCAGACUGGUGUCCCAUGGAUGAUGUGCAAACAAAUGGAUGCCCCAGAUCCAGUGAUCAAUACUUGCAAUGGUAUGAGAUGUGGUCAAACAUUUGCAGGUCCAAAUUCACCAAAAAAGCCAUCAUUGUGGACAGAAAACUGGACAUCUUUUUACCAAGUAUAUGGGGAGGAGCCAUACAUGAGGUCUGCAGAAGAUAUUGCCUUUGCUGUAGCGCAAUUUGUAGCUAAAAAGAAUGGGAGCUUCGUGAAUUACUAUAUGUAUCAUGGUGGCACCAAUUUCGGAAAGUCUUCAUCUUCAUACAUUAUCACAGCAUAUUAUGAUCAAGCUCCUCUAGAUGAAUAUGGUUUGAUAUGGCAGCCAAAAUGGGCCCAUCUCAAGGAAUUACAUGCUGCAAUUAAGCAGAACUCUGAACCAUUACUUGAGGGGACAUAUACAAAUGUUUUAAUUGGCCGAGCACAAGAGGCACACAUUUUUCAAACAGAUACAGGAAAGUGUGUAGCAUUCCUUAUAAAUCAGGAUUCAGUUCAUGAUUCCACAGUUCGAUUUCGGAAUGCCACAUAUGAAUUGCCUCAGAAAUCAAUAAGCAUCUUGUCUGACUGUAAGAAUGUUGUCUUCAAUACGGCUAAGGUAAGUGCUCAAUAUGGCACAAGAUCAGCUAAAGCUGUAGAACAUUUUAAUCAAGCAAGCAGAUGGAAAGUAGCAGAAGAGAAAAUUCCAACCAGUGAUUCUUCUACAUGGGUAAGAAAUGGGCUUAUAGAACAAAUGGCAGCAACUAAAGAUUCUACAGACUAUCUUUGGUAUAUAACCAGGUACAACAACACAUCAGACAUUCAAAAUAACAUAAUUCGUGUCGAAUCACUAGCUCAUGUUAUACAUGCUUUUGUAAAUAAUGAAUAUAUUGGAACUGUACACGGUAGUCAUGGCUCAAAGGCUAUCGUACUUAGCAAAGCCAUUUCACUGAAAAAUGGACAGAAUGACAUCUCAUUGUUGAGCGUCAUGGUGGGAUUACCAGACUCUGGAGCAUAUCUAGAGCGCAGAGUUGCUGGAUUACGAAGGGUGAGCAUUUCAAAUUCAAAGAAUCAUUCCGAAGAUCUCAGUAACAAUCGGUGGACAUAUCAGGUUGGUUUAUCUGGAGAGAAGUCAAAUAUAUUCACAGAACAAGGAACAAAACUAGCAGAUUGGAAGACAGCCGACAGUUCUCAUAAUCAACCUUUAGUUUGGUACAUGACAAGAUUCAACGCUCCAUUGGGCAACGAACCAUUGGCACUAAACUUAAUCAGUAUGGGCAAAGGCGAAGUAUGGAUCAAUGGCCAAAGCAUUGGCCGCUACUGGGUCUCUUUUAAAACUGCUAAAGGAGUUCCAUCUCAAUCUCUGUAUCACGUUCCCCGUUCCUUCCUAAAACCUUCAGGAAACCUCCUAGUUCUGUUUGAGGAAAUGGGAGGGAAUCCUUCAGCGAUAACGUUGGAGACUAUUUCAGUUACUGGUAUUUGCUCAAGGGUGUUUGAAUCCGAUCCAAAUCCUAUAGUUUCGGCAAACAAAUACCCAUCUGUUAAGCUUCGCUGUUAUAAUGGUAGGGCCAUAUCAUCGAUAGAGUUUGCGAGCUAUGGAAGCCCUGCAGGUAAUUGCGAUUCCUAUUCGGUGGGAAGCUGCCAUUCUACAGCAUCCAGAACUGUUGUAGAAAAGGCUUGUUUGGGUAGAAGUGCAUGCUCUGUUCCUGUAUCUUCAACAAUAUUUGGUGAUGAUCCUUGCCCGAACACCUCCAAGUCCCUACUAAUUGCUGCAAAAUGCUAAUUUAACAAUACAGCAACUGAAGAAAUGCAGAGGUUUUCAUUUGCUGU